CCAUCAUAUAAUCCUGGGCACAGAUUUCUUUUCAAGCUCCAUUUUCUACCUGGGGUUGUUUCUUUCUCAAUUCUCCCUUGCUCAAGCCAGCCAGCGUCCUCACCCUGGGGCCCUUUAAACUGGGGCCUGAGCCAUCUCCUUGCAAGGCAGGGGGGACACGACACUCAGCCUGCUCGAUUUCCUGCCUGUCCUCCCCUGCCCUGUGCCGCAGAAUGGCUCUUUCCCUGGCAUUUCCUCUUUGCUCUCUGCCUGCAGCACAUGGCCGGGGCUGCCAUGUGGGUGCUGGCCCUCGCCUAGGCAGCUGGGCAUGACACCAGCGAUUGCCUGGCUUGGGUACUUCAUCACAGAGUUCAGCAGGUCCGACCCCACUGUGCCAUGGCUGCCCCUCUGAGCCGGUUGUCCUACAUUGCCUUCCACGUCCCCGCCGGGACAGGCCUGGUCAGCAACCUGGUGGACAAGUUCCGCUUUCACCUGUUCGCAGCGCGGGUGACGGCGCGCACCCGGCAGCUGGCUCUCCGCAAAGGAGCUGCUGUCUUCCUCGUCAAUGAGAGGCUGGGGGAGGCCCCCCCGGCCCACGCAUUCCCGUCUGACCCCACCCGGCCCGCCCCGGCUCAGCAGCCCCUGCUGGGCCACGGCGACGGGGAAUUCCUCUACGACAUCAGCCCCUCGCGCCCCGUGAGCACGGCCUCCAAUGUGUGCUUCGAGGUGCAGGACGUACCCAGCGUCUCCCGACGCCUCCAGGAGCGGGGCUGCCCCCUGGCGAUCCCACCCACCGACAUAACGGACGACGACGGCUCCGUCACCUACUGCGUGGUGAGAUCUGUCGUGGGGAACGUCAGCCACACCCUGCUGGAUCGCUCCCGCUACCGGGGGGCGUUCCUGCCUGGCUUCCAUGCCGCGGGGGACGUUCCCAAGGGGCCGCAGGACCUGGCUGAGGACACGUACUUCGACCAUAUCACCUAUGCCUGCUCGCGGGGCAGUACCCGGGCCGUGCUGGACUGGUACCAACACUGCUUCGGCUUCCAGCGCUUCGUCGUCAACAGGCAGGAGGACAUGGCCGAGGGCUACCGGAUCCAUGGGCGCGGCGUGGGGCUGCGGCUCACCGCCAUGCAGUACGGGAAGGGCAGCGAGCUCGGGCUGGCUGACGACUGCAAGUUCGUCCUGGCCGAGUCCCUGCCGGAGCCAGGGAAGAACCAGGUGGACGCCUUCCUGGAGCAGCACGGGGGAGCUGGGAUCCAGCACGUUGGGCUCUACACCGCGGACAUCGUCUCCAUGGCCCGGGCCCUGGCGGAGGCCGGUGUGCAGUUCGUCGAGCCCCCACGGGCCUACUACAGUGAGGUGGGCAAAGCGGAGGAGAUCCGGGAGGCUGGGCAGGAUCCCCGGCUCCUGUCCCAGCAUGGCAUCCUGCUGGACGGCGAGCUGGCUGGGGAUGGGGACGGAGGCGGCAGGGGCUCCAGCCCGCGCCAGAGGAGGUACCUGAUGCAAAUCUUCACCAAGCCCAUCUUCCCCGAGGAGACCUUCUUCCUGGAGCUCAUUGAACGUCGGGGGGCCGCAGGAUUUGGGGAGGGCAACAUCCGGGCCCUGUGGAAAUCCGUGCAGGCCUAUCUGGACAAGGAGUAGAGGACCCCCCCCCCACCUGCCUCGCCUUCUCCCCGGUGGGCUGGGUCUCACGGUGGGGCCAUCCUCUCCUGCUGGGGAAUGAUGGGAGGCCAACACUCCCCUGAGUGAUGGGGGCUGGCUGCCUAGGGAGCUGCCCUGACAGGCAAGUGGUGGACCCAGUGCUCCAUCCCCAGGUGAUGGCCCUGCCCUGGUGGGAGGGACGGAGGGAGGGGGCAGACCCAGACCAGCUGUUUGGUCAGAGAGCGGGAGGUUGGAAGCUACUUAAAAGCUCCCUGGGACACACUGUGUGCCUUGAUGGGUGGGAUUCAAGGGGCAGUUCAACUGUUCCCACCCCAGAGACAAACCCUGGCCCCUCCCCCAGCCCCACUUUGCCAACCCUCCCACGGCACGGCUGGAUUGGCUCCUUCUGAUUUCCUGCUCCCUGGGCCAGCUGCUGGAUUUACUGCCAGCGUUCAUCUUGCAGCUUUGGACCCCACAAGCUUUAUGGGUGGAUUUAGGGACCCCUGGGGUGGAAAGUGGCAGCCACAGGGCUAGGGUGGGUGGCAGAGUCAAAUGGGAACGACGGGGUGAAUGGCAGGGAGGGGGCAUCCCUGCGAGCAGAUAUCCCAGCUGGCCUGAGAACUGACUCUGCAUUAAUCUCAGCACUAUUCAUGUUUGUAAGCCUUUGGAUGGGCCAUGGGGCUGAGGGGCGUCUCUCUGAGGAGCUGGCUACUGGAGAUCCCACGUCCUGUCUGCUCCACCCUCUUCCCCUCCAGGGCAGGACAGUUCCCCCUCCCAGCUCACUCACUUUGCACUGAGGCUUC